UUUCCGCUUCCGCCGUUCUGUGGCGUCUCUGCAUUUCCGGCGGCGGCGGCGGCGGCGGGUUGUGAGUGAGCAGAAUGGGUCAAAGCCAAAGUGGUGGACAUGGCCCUGGAGGUGGCAAGAAGGAUGACAAAGACAAGAAAAAGAAAUAUGAGCCUCCAGUUCCAACCCGAGUUGGAAAAAAGAAGAAGAAAACAAAGGGACCAGAUGCUGCUAGCAAACUUCCCUUGGUAACCCCUCACACCCAGUGCAGACUCAAACUGUUGAAGUUGGAAAGAAUUAAAGAUUACCUUUUGAUGGAAGAGGAAUUCAUCAGGAAUCAGGAACAGAUGAAGCCUUUGGAAGAAAAGCAAGAGGAAGAACGAUCAAAGGUGGAUGAUCUGAGGGGGACACCAAUGUCUGUGGGAACACUGGAGGAGAUAAUUGAUGAUAAUCAUGCCAUUGUAUCCACAUCUGUGGGAUCAGAGCACUAUGUCAGCAUUCUCUCCUUUGUGGACAAGGACUUGCUAGAGCCAGGCUGUUCAGUUUUGCUUAAUCAUAAGGUCCAUGCUGUGAUAGGAGUCCUGAUGGAUGACACAGACCCAUUAGUAACGGUGAUGAAGGUAGAGAAAGCCCCACAAGAGACAUAUGCAGAUAUUGGGGGCUUAGAUAACCAGAUUCAAGAAAUCAAGGAAUCUGUGGAGUUACCUUUAACCCAUCCUGAAUAUUAUGAAGAAAUGGGUAUAAAGCCACCUAAAGGAGUAAUUCUGUAUGGACCACCGGGCACAGGUAAAACAUUAUUGGCAAAAGCAGUGGCAAAUCAGACCUCUGCCACCUUCCUAAGAGUGGUAGGUUCUGAACUUAUACAGAAGUACCUGGGUGAUGGUCCAAAACUUGUCCGAGAACUGUUUCGAGUGGCUGAGGAGCAUGCCCCAUCAAUAGUUUUCAUCGAUGAAAUUGAUGCCAUUGGUACCAAAAGGUAUGACUCUAAUUCAGGUGGUGAAAGGGAAAUCCAACGAACAAUGCUGGAGUUGCUGAACCAAUUAGAUGGAUUUGAUUCACGCGGAGAUGUCAAAGUGAUUAUGGCCACUAACAGAAUAGAAACAUUGGACCCAGCCUUAAUCAGGCCAGGACGUAUUGAUAGGAAGAUUGAAUUCCCUCUCCCGGAUGAAAAAACCAAGAAGCGUAUUUUUCAGAUUCAUACCAGCAGAAUGACUUUGGCAGAUGAUGUGACUCUGGAUGAACUGAUAAUGGCGAAAGAUGAUCUGUCUGGUGCAGAUAUUAAGGCAAUUUGCACAGAAGCUGGGUUGAUGGCUCUGCGGGAACGGAGAAUGAAAGUAACAAAUGAAGACUUCAAAAAAUCUAAAGAAAAUGUUCUCUACAAGAAACAAGAAGGCACCCCAGAGGGCCUCUAUCUUUAACUUUCUUUUUCUCCCUGGGGUGAGGAAAAUUACUGGAACCUUCUUUCAGAAUACAGAAAAAAGCAUGACAGAUUAAGGCAUUGGUGGGGAGAAAGAAGAGCUUUUGCCAUUUGAACAUGAAGUGAAUUCUUCUGUAUUGUAAUUUCAUUCAUUGUAAAACACUUUGUCAUUAAAAAAAAUGGUUUCCAAGUGAAA